AUGGUGAAAGCUAUUAUUGCUCCAUCAGUUCUAGCAAGUGAUUUUGGUAAUCUUACAGCUGAAUGUAAACGAGUGAUUAAAGAUGGUGCAGAAUGGUUACAUAUGGAUAUCAUGGAUGGUCAUUUCGUACCCAAUAUCACCAUCGGUGCACCAGUAUUAGCUUGUGUAGCCAAAUCAGUUCAAGGUGCAUAUAUGGAUUGUCAUAUGAUGGUAGCAGAUCCAUUGAAAUGGAUUCCAGAUGUUUCAAAAGCAGGUGGAUCAUCUUAUACAUUUCAUAUCGAAGCAUGUACAUCUUCUCAUCAAGACCCAAUCGAAAUCAUACAAAAAAUUCACGAAACCGGAAUGAAAGCAGGAAUUGCGAUUUCUCCUGAUACUCCUUCUAAUCUGAUUACCAAUGAGAUUGGAAAACUAGUGGAUUUGUUAUUGGUCAUGACUGUUCAUCCGGGUAGAGGUGGUCAAGCUUUUAUGGAAGAAUGUGUGAUUAAAGUUAAAGAAUUAAGAGAAAGGUUUCCCGAGAAAGAUAUUCAGGUGGAUGGUGGGGUUGGACCUAAGACUGUGAAACCUUGUGCAGAAGCAGGUUCUAAUGUGAUUGUUGCUGGUACAGCUGUCUUUGGUUCACCACAACCUGGUGUAGUAAUUAAAGAAAUGAAAGAAAUCGUAGAAACCGAAUUAAAGAAAUCUAAAAUUUCAAACCUUUAA